AGGAGCAGCAGCAGCGCGCGCCUCCACUCACUCGCUGCACAUCGGCGGCGCGAGGCGCAAGUGCGCGCGCCCGGGCUGAGGGCGACCGUUGGAGGCGCCGCGAGGGCGAAGGAGGCGGCGGCGCUACUGCUGUUGUUAGCUAGCGUUAGCUGAAGUGUUGGUAAAGAAACAGGACCACAGGUUGUUUGAAUUGUUUUUUUCUGUUUUAUUGAGCGGUACCGCCCGCCUCGGCUCGCUGCUCUCCGUGUGCCGAGCGAGGAGGAGGAAGAGGAGGAGGCGGGGGAGGAAUGGGCGAACCCCUCAGGUUUCCACUCUAACUCUGGAAAUGGAGCCCACAUUCCCGCGGGGAGACAAAGAUGAGGUCCAUCUGGAGGAGCCAGGGCGUGUGCGUGUGAGGAUGCGUGAACGGCUGGUGUGGGACUACCCUCUGCAGUUCUCCUGGCUGAUGGAGGCCGAGCCCUUCACAUCCUCCCUGCAGGCGGGCGGCCCUGCGGCCGGCGCUGGCAUGACACUAGAGCAGAAGACCACCUUUGCCUUCGUCAUCUUUCUCUUCGUCUUCCUCUGCAUGUUGAUCGUGCGCUGCUUCCGCAUCCUGCUGGACCCGUACCGCAGCAUGCCCACUUCCACCUGGGCCGAUGGCCUGGACGGCCUUGAGAAGGGCCAGUUUGAUUACACACUGGCAUAGAGUGGGCACACACACAUACAAUGCAGCUAGGUAAAUGAACCACACACAAACAAGAGAUCUAGAUAUGAAAUAGUUUAUAUGUUUAUGACAAAAGGUAAACAUUCUAGGAUGGGAUAUACACACACACACAAAUUGCAGACUCCAAUUCUUUUUGGUCAGGCACAAAACUGAAUUCAAUAUGACCUAAAAAUUGGUGCACGUUUAGUGCAAUGACAAGUUUAACCCAAAACGGUAUCUUGAGUCACAAACUCUGCCUCUUUUACACACAGGGUGUCCUUUUGAAUGGGGCAGUCGGGGAUUCUGAGUGACCCCAGAAGCAGUCUGGACUGGCCUGUGGCCCCUCUGUGCCAUGGCCCCACUCAUACAGGGUAGCCCUAUCACUGUCCCCUUACUCUCUUUACACCAUCUGCACUGUUGUAAACUGCCAAGUAGACAUCUGUAGAGGAAAAUUCCUUCUCAAUACCCUUUAUAAGCACUUCAUAAAUACAACUACAGAAAUAUAUGAGUAAAUGCUUCUGUUAAUGACUGUGAUGAGCCUUAAGGUAUGCACUGUUACUAUCAAUGCAGCUUUGAUUCAUUAGGAUUUAGGACUUACGAUGUAUUUGUGCAGUGCUUAUGGCUUCUUAAAAGGGCCUUUAUUCAAUAGUGCCAAAACAUAAAGUUUUUUGCCACACCUUAAGCUAAUUGUCUGUAAUAAGUCUUUGUGUGUGACAUUAGAUAUUUGAAUGUAAACUUAACAUAGAAGCAGUGAACUGCACUAUUGGCUUGUUUCUCAGCCCCGGUGUAAAAUUCUAAUAUGUCUUAUAAAUGACAACGACUUGGUGUCCUACAUGUGUCUGCUAAAAACUAGAUCACUAGUCAUUUUAAAUGUGAUCUCAGAAUGAACUUGUAAAGUCAGCAUAUACUGCCUCAUUAGCACAAAAAACUGAAUUUAGAUCAGUUGUUUUAAUACAUAAUCCACUCUCCGACCCUCUUUAUAUGAUCAGGAUUAAUGGCUGUGGUUUGCUUUGUCAGCCUUUACAUUUUACUUUACAAGUAGUAGCCAGGGGAGAUGCACCCUUAACCGCUAAACCGUGCUUUUUAAAUUUGCCUUGAAAAUUUUCAAUGCUAAGAGCAAAUGAUAAGGAAAGGUCACUUUUAAAUGGUACCUGCUUACUCAUUCAGGUGCUGAUAAAAAAUAAAUUGUGUGUAAACAUUUUCAAUGGUGGCUGAAUUGCUCUGAAACAAAUAGUUCUGCUCUGAUAUUGCUUAUAGCCCUUCACCCAAACAAUCUGCUUGAAUUUUACUGCUUAUGUCAAUACAAUGAUGAGGCUCCAGCCAGAAUAACGUUACUUUGCACUUCUACAUUGUCUUCUCAUCACUGUGAAUGAAUGAGCCAGUGAGAAACUCAGUGAGCGCACUUAAGGAAUGUCAGGUUAUUUGACAACAAUUUGAACUGCCAGUGUUUCCGAAGACGACUGCCACUGUUUUGCAUGCAGCAAAAAAGGCAGCAAAAGAAUGUGUUACAGACUGGACAGACUGAUAGAUGCAUUCGAGGCAGUGUUCAAUGCUGUUGAGCCUGUUGGUAUACUCUGAAGCUUUGUUCACUGUGAGGACCUGCUUUGCUUCUCUGUGGAUAGGCUUGUGUCUGAUGCAAAGCACUUAACAGUAUUCCUCUGAACACAGUUCUGUAUGUCUCGUCACUUUAGAGGAUAGAAAUGAUAGAAUAUGUUGGAUUUGGAAAUCCCCAAAUCAGUGAUGCUCUUUAGACCUAUAUGCUGUUACAACAAAUACAUAGUGUGAGCACAGUGAAAGCGCAGUAAAUGAGAGGAUUAGAGAAUAUAUAGUAGAUGUUCAGUAGUGCAACUACUGUGUGAAGCUGAAUAUCAACAAUUCAGACUAAUGGUACAUCUGAGUCUUUGUUCUGCCGCCACACCUGCAUUUGUCUUAUCGAAAUUGAAAAUAAAUAAUUUCCAAACCCUC